GACAGGCAGCGUCAACGUGCGAGGAAGGGCCGCGACAGCGGAACAGAGCUGAAAAGCCCGGUGCUCCUGCAGAAAAUGCUUCGGGAGAAUCUUCAGGAGAUGUGCAAAGACCUGGGCUUCAUCUGCAAUGGCAAAAGCAAGAAGGACAUCAUCAACCAGCUCCUUCAGUACCACACUGCGGGUUUCAACCACAAGGAGUGGAACAAGCUGUCCGUGGAAGAUCUCAGAGAACAUCUUGACCUGCGCAAGUUGCCAAAGGUGGGCGUGAAGUCCGAGCUUGUGCGGCGCUUGAGUCAGGCGCCGCUGCCCGUCCUGGACUUCGAGCUUAGGUACGCGAGAGACAUGAAAGACUGGUUGCGCAGUGUUGGGUUGGCCACGAAGGGCAAAAUCGCAGGACAGCUCCCGGAGAUCAAGAAACGCUACAGCCUUGCAAAGCAGCGCUUGUUCGAGGAGGAAGCAUUCGUGCAAAAGUUGGACGAUGAGUCUCUGCGGGCGCUAGAUCGGAAGGCCUUCCAAUUUGGUCGCAAGGAGUUCGCAAGCGCCAUGGGGAAGU